UUUUGCAAUGUCAAAGCACCAUUUUUCAAUCAAGUUCUCUAUGGAGUUCAUAAAAGUAUUGUCCACAUCUUUUACUCUUCCAAUUCUUGCUAUUGUCUUCUUGUUCUGUUUUACUAGCAGCCAAUGCCAUCCUUUAGACCCUCUUAACCCUACUGAAUUCAACAAGAUUAGAAUCAUUAUUCAAAAGUCUCAUCUUAGUUCACUCUCCAAUUUGACAUUUCACUUUGUUGAUCUUGAAGAGCCUGAGAAAAAGGAUGUCCUUCAUUGGAUGUCCUUGCAUAAGCACAAACGUGUUCCUUUUCCUUAUCGUCGAGCCAAGGUAGUUGUUCGUGCAAAUGGUGAGACCUAUGAAGUCGUUGUGGACUUGGCCACUCGGUCUAUCAUAUCAGAAACUUUGUAUAUUGGCCACGGUUUCCCUCCACUUACUCUCGAUGACAUUGUACAAUCCAGCAGGCUGACAUUGAGGAAUCGUCGAUUUCAAGAUUCAAUUUUGAAAAGGGGUUUGAAUAUAUCAGAAGUAAGUUGCAUACCACAGCCUGUUGGAUGGUUCGGGCAGCUAAAGACACAAAGAGUUCUUAACGUUCCAUGUUUUUAUCGAAGAGGGACAACUAAUUUUUGGGCAAGGCCAAUUGAAGGGAUCACUACAAUAGUAGAUAUUGAAUCCAUGAAGAUAAUAAAAUAUAUAGAUAGAUUCAUAUCCCCUUUGCCUAAAGCCAAGAGUGCUAAUUUCGAGUCAUCCAGCCAACGAUCAGUCGCUUCCAAUGACACUGACACCAGUAAUAUUAUCAUCAAAGGCCAUGAAGUUAAAUGGGAUAAUUGGAUUUUUCACGUUGGAUUCAACACGAGGGCAGGAACGAUCGUGUCUACAGCUUCUAUAUUUGAUGCUGCUAGAAAUGAAUAUCGACGUGUGCUUUAUAGAGGUCAUGUAUCAGAGACGUUUGUGCCUUAUAUGGAUCCUACAUUCGAAUGGUAUUAUAGGACUUUCAUGGAUAUUGGUGAAUUUGGUUUUGGAAGGUCUGCUAGUAGUCUUGUCCCAUUGCUAGAUUGUCCGAGAAAUGCAGUGUAUAUUGACGGAUAUAUGGCUGAUUCAGAAGGACGGGUAGUGCAAGUACCUAAGGCGAUUUGCAUAUUUGAAAGAUAUGCUAGCGAUGCUGCUUGGAGGCAUACAGAAAAUGGAGUACCGGGAAAUAUAAACACUAAGGGACAGCAAGAAGUCAAUCUGGCUGUUAGAAUGGUAGCAACAGUGGGAAAUUAUGAUUAUACACUUGAUUGGGAGUUCAAACAAAGUGGAACUAUCAGAGUUGGAGUAAGUUUAAAUGGAGUUAUGGAGACCAAGGCUGUGAAAUACACAAACAAUAAUCAAAUUACGGAGGUUGUUUACGGGGCUCUUGUAGCGGAAAACACAAUUGCAGUGAACCAUGAUCACUUCCUUACUUACUACCUUGAUGUUGAUGUUGAUGGUACCGAUAAUUCAUUUAUAAAAGCUAAAUUGAAAACUAUGAGGGUGAAGGACCGAAAAGUUUCACCUAGAAAGAGUUAUUGGAAAGUUGUUAAAAAAACUAUGAAAACAGAAAUUGAGGCUAAGACACACUUAGGACUCGAACCAACUGAAUUGUUGAUUGUAAAUCCAAAUAAGAUGACAAAGAUUGGAAAUGAUGUAUCUUAUCGGAUAAUACCAAGUCGACCAGCCAUGUCCUUGCUAUCGUACGAUGACUAUCCUCAACGUCGAGCAGCCUAUACCAAGUAUCAGUUAUGGGUGACACCAUAUAAUAAAUCAGAAAGAUGGGCUGGAGGGUUCUACGCUGAUAGGAGCCGAGGAGAUGAUGGCCUAGCAAUAUUGAGCCGCAGGAAUAGGACUAUUGACAACAAGGACAUUGUGCUUUGGUACACUGUUGGGUUGCAUCAUGUACCAUGCCAAGAAGAUUUUCCAGUAAUGCCUUCUAUUUAUGAUGGUUUCGAGCUUCGACCAACAAAUUUCUUUGAAAGAAAUCCAUUGCUGAAACAAUGAUACGUGAAAUUCAAGUUUGUCACUUAAACAAGGAACUUAAU